CAGCUCUCCCUCUCUCUUCUCCACUAUGGACAGAGCCUCCACUGAGCUGCUGCCUGCCCGCCACAUAUCCAGCUGACAUGGGCACCACAGGAGCCAUGCAGCUGUGCUGGGUGAUCCUGGGCUUCCUCCUCUUCCGAGGCCACAGCUCCCAGCCCACAACGAACCAGACCUCUAGCUCUCAGGGAGGCCUCGGCAGUCUAAGUCCGACCACAGAGCCAGUUUCUUCCAACCCAGGAUACAUCCCUUCCUCAGAGGCUAACAGCCCAAGCCAUCUGGCCAGCACCGGUACGCCAGGCGCAGGUGUCCCCAGCAGUGGAAGAGGCGGAGGCACAAGCAGAGACACAUUUCAAAAUGUUCCCCCCAAUUCAACCACCAUGAGCCUGAGCAUGAGGGAAGAUGCGACCAUCCUGCCCAGCCCCACGUCAGAGACUGUGCUCACUGUGGCUGCAUUUGGUGUUAUCAGCUUCAUUGUCAUCCUGGUGGUUGUUGUGAUUGUCCUAGUCGGUGUGGUCAGCCUGAGGUUCAAGUGUCGGAAGAGCAAGGAGUCUGAAGAUCCCCAGAAACCUGGGAGUUCAGGGCUGUCUGAAAGCUGCUCCACAGCCAAUGGAGAGAAAGAUCGCAUCACCCUUAUCUCCAUGAAGAACAUCAACAUGAAUAAUGGCAAACAAAGUCUCUCAGCAGAGAAGGUUCUUUAAAAGCAACUUUGGGUCCCCAUGAGUCCAAGGAUGAUGCAGCUGCCCUGUGACUACAAGGAGGAAGAGAUGGAAUUAGUAGAGGCAAUGAACCACAUGUAAAUUAUUUUAUUGUUUCAUGUCUGCUCCCAGAUCUAAAGGACACUAGCAUUGCCCCAGAUCUGGGAGCAAGCUACCAAUAGGGGAGACACUUUCCUAUAUGGACAACUGCUGUGGAAAUAUUGCCUGCUUCUCCCACCUUCUCAGAGCCACAGGAAAGAGGAGGUGACGGAGCGAGAGCAAGGAAAGUGACGAGGUGGAUUGAUCCUUUCUACUUUGCAUUAAAAUUAUUUUCUAGCCUGCAGUCUAA